AUGUCUGAGAAGGGUGGCCGUUCCAGCGAAAGCGAGCAUGACCAGCAUCAUGUCCACGACGCUGCUCCUCAGAGGACUGGGGCCGCAAGAAUCUACUAUCAUCCUCUGACCCAGGUCGUCUUGCUCGGUCUCGUCCUCUUCAUGACACCUGGGAUGUUCAACGCGCUCAAUGGACUUGGAGCUGGUGGCCAAGUCGAUUCACAAACGAGUGCAAAUGCAAAUUCCACCCUGUAUGCGACAUUCGCGUUCACAGCCUUCUUUGCCGGAUCCAUCAACAAUAAACUUGGGAGCCGUCUGACCCUUUUCAUUGGCUCCUUGGGCUAUUCUCUUUACAUCGCGAGCUACUUGGCAAUGGAAAUUCAUUCAAAUGCCGGGCCGUUUGUCAUUACCGCCGGAGCUAUUCUCGGAAUCUGUGCCGGUCUCAUCUGGACCGCUCAUGGAGCCAUCAUUUUGUCGCUACCAACGGAAUCCCAAAAGGGUCUAUAUAUCUCCAUCUGCUGGAGUCUGUUCAAUCUAGGUGCCGUUGUAGGCGCUGCAGUGGCACUUGGACAGAACAUCAACUCUAGAGCAUCGGCAGUCGGAACCCCGACAUACAUCGGGUUCUUGGUCCUGACCCUAAUUGGAGCAAUCAUCCCUCUGUUCAUGGUACCUACCGACAAAAUGUACCGCACAGACGGUUCCAGGGUCACCAUAAGUCGAAACCCAUCUUGGAAGGUGGAAUUCACGAGCCUCUUCUAUGCCCUUUAUAAGGACCCUCUCAUCGUCUUGCUGCUGCCAAUGUUCUGGGCUUCUAACUGGUUUUAUACUUGGCAGUUCAACGCGUACAACGCCGCAUUGUUCGACAUGUUCAUCAAUUGGCUAGUUGGUGCGCGUUCGGUAAACAAUUUCGUUUACUGGCUUUCUCAAAUCUUGGGUUCCGUUAUUAUUGGCGUCCUCUUGGAUUCAAAGAACAUGAGUCGUCGUAUGCGAGCAUUCCUUGGGUGGGGGAUACUCACGGUCAUGGUCUUUGUCGUUCACAUCUGGGCAUACUUCUAUCAGAAGGACUAUACACGCGAACAGACAGAGGCAAAGAUUUCCAACAUAUCAAUAUACACGAUAAAGGCUACCCUGCUCGUGUCUGGCUUUACAUCUUCUCUCGCCUACUUCACUGGCCUCUACAAAUCCAUACAGAGCGCCGGAGGGGCCGUUGCCUGGCGAGCCGAUGGGCUGAAAGUUCCGUACAUGAACCUGUUCAUCUCGACUUGGGUACUUCUCGCGGCUGGUUUGGUCUUCGCUUUGCCCAUGCUUCAUCUUCGAGUCAAGAACCACACUGAUCUGGAAGAUGAAGUGAUUGCACGCAUGGAUGACUCUGGGAGAAUUCUCAACGUCGAAGAGGCCGAACAAAAGUUGGGUACGGUUCACAAAGAGGCUCCAUGA